UCGAGCUUUCGGUCCGAACCGAUCAACGACGCAUUUUAGCCUCCACUUAUCCUAUCCCAGCAGUUUAUCCACUCCUAUUCUCGCUCUUAUUCAUACAUCUCUCAUCCAUCUUUCCUGCUUUGUAUAUACCUUUGAUCGUUUUUGAUAUCUUCACCUCAUUUCUCUUACUCUUACGCUCCACAACAACAAAAAUACCAAAGUAAAAUACAAAACAAUGGUGCAUCAACCCGACAAUCCGCCUGUCGCGUCCACCGAGUCUGGCGGACCAGCGACGAGCCCAACCUUGGAGGAGAGGCCUCAUGAUUUCCGCUAUGAGAUCGUCCAAGGAUACUUUAUCCAGAACGGGCCUCAACCCAAGCAUAUCAAGUUUGAAGACCUUCUGAAGAGAAGCUUUGGAUUAAUCGAUACUAGUCCCGAGAGAUGGAACAAGCUCAAAGCGUCGAUCAAAAAGUUACAAGAUCAAGCGCCCGAGGGUGUUUACUACAAGGUAAUGUUCCUUGCGAGACACGGCCAAGGAUGGCAUAACUUUGGUUCUGCCAAGCACGGCUUAGACAAAUGGGAAGAGUACUGGACCUAUCUCAACAACGACGAUCAAAUCACCUGGGGUCCCGACCCCGAACUAACACCCUUGGGGAAAUCCCAAGCCCAAGCUGUAAACCGUUGCUGGGUGGCCGAAGCUCCCUUGGGCGCACCAAUCAAGUCAGAAGAGAUGAGAUGGUACGUCUCCCCGAUGAUAAGGACGGGUCAAACGUUGGAAGAGAGUUGGGGGGCGUUGCUGGGGAGGGCGCCGGAAGUUUGGGAAGAUUGGAGGGAGGUGUAUGGCGGGCAUACUUGUGAUAAGCGGUCGACCAAGACUAUAUUACAGAAAAGGUUCCCCUACUUUAAGAUCGAAGAAGGGUUAACGGAAGAAGAUGAGCUAUGGAAGGCGGACGAUCGAGAGACAGACGCGCAUAUGCAGAUGAGGGCACAAAGGGCCAUGGAUAGAUUGUUCGGUAAAGAUGGUGCAAAAGAGACUUAUAUCUCCCUAACGGCUCACUCUGCAAUUUUGCGCAACUUGCUUGCAGUACUUCACCAUCAGGCGUAUCCAUUAGCUACGGGGGAGAUGAUCCCUGUUGUGGUCAAGGCUACCCAAUUAAGAGCCGAUUCGUAAUUUGUCCCAUCAGAAAACUGCGACUUUUUUUAGCUCGAACUGGAUAGAUCAAAAUUGGAUGGGUUUGGUUCGACGAAAUACAAUUUUUCUGGUUGAUGCAUCCAGGUG